AUGGAGCCCGUCACUGCUUAUGACUACUCGGCUGACAUCACACAACAACAACAACAAAUAGAAGAAGAAGAAGAGAUCGUUGGAGAAACGACACAGUAUUUACCAGGCGAGCGUGGAUCACUAGAAGACGACGUUAACAAAAAGAUCCUGAAGAGCGACAACAUGUUUGAUCAACAAAAUAUAACGACAACAACAUCAACAACAAACAAUGAGUCGUCACACUCUUCGUCGUCGUCAUCUACAAGCUCACCAUCGGUGUCGCCCACACAAGAUAUGCUGAUGAGUGGCGGUAGCGCAAUCACAUCGUCCACCGAUAGCCAUAUGCCGUCACAUGAUCACGUGUCAACGUUGGACUCGAGCAACGACAGUGUGUCCAUGCCCACGGUCAAGCUCAGUGCGAGCUACGAGUUGAUGAUGAAGAACGCCAGCAGCAACAACAACAACAAUAGCAACAGCGGCAGCAACAAGCCAAAGCUCUUUGUUGGCAAUGGUGGAAGUGUCUUUGUCCCAAUCAACAAGCCUCAGCUGACACAAUCACAGACGACACAAACAACACAGACUCAGACAACACAGACGUCCAAGCCAGCUACUGGAUCUGGAUCACCAUUUCAAUCACCUGCACUUACAUCUGAGAACGAUGCCGAGUCACCUGUUCAACUGUCCUCCAACAUAUUUGAGAACCUCGGUUUCGUCAUUGAUCAAUCAAUCAACUUAAAGCGCAAGAUGGACUUGGUCAAGAUAAUCAAGAGAAAUGGAGGCAAGUCCUGUUACUCAUGUGGUGCUAAGUCAACACAUCUGAUCACUACGCCACAAGGCUUUGUUGACAACACAGCCAAGGUACAGCAGGCAUUGGCUCUUGGCAUACCCAUUGUUGUAAAGGAGUUUGUUCAUCACUGUGCUUACAAGAAGCAGCUACUAGAGGUAGAGCCAUACAGGAUCACUGCAACCAGUAUACCAUCAGAGUCUUUGUCCAAUCCAAACUCACCAGCGUCCAGUUAUCAAGCAUCACCUACAUUCACAUCCACCACCAAUCAAUCACGUGAUCAGAUGGUGACUGGAGGAGGAUCAUCGUCCUCAUCAUCAUCACCAGAUCCAAUAAUGGUCCCAGUCGUCGUGCCACCCAUUGAGUUGAGCACUCACCAACAACAACAACAGAAGCAGCCACAACAAUACAAUCAACCGCAACAACAACCGCAUCAUCAACAACCUCAUCAUCAACAACAACAACCUUUGAUCAAACCAUCAAUCAACAUUCCAAGCGUAUACUCUAAUAAUGGUGUUGACCAAAGACAUUCAUACUUGGGCAGUGUAUCUUAUGGUCAUCACGCCCAGGACGAGAUGGACGAGGAGGACAUAGGCAAGAGUCCAAGCAAGUCAAUAAUAGAGGACAACAUCAACAAGAUACUGCACACCUUUGACGACACAUCAUCAGAGCCAGUCCAACAACAACAACAAGAGUCAAUGGUGGGUCUUACAAGGUUCACAGAGUUUGAGGGCACCUUUGAGGAGCAAGAGCUUGGCGGAUCGAUUGAGGACGAGGAGAUGCUACCUCAGGUCGACUUCCGCGACGCACUCCCAGACUCGUUGAGUCUGGCGAGCCACGUGGCCACAUCACCCCGAUUCAGCAAGGAGAGCCACUUGUCGGACCCCAAGGUGGACAGCAGUGAGACGAGCAACUACAACUUUGGUGCCAUCACCAAGAAGUCUGCUUCAGCGCCAACAUCAACUACUACCACUGCAACUGCUACCAAUGCAUCUGCGACGUCGUCGGACGAUGAUAUGUUGAGCUCGCCGCUCUACUCCAACUAUCACCACGAGAUCUUCAAUCAAAUACUCUCGCCAUCGUCCAACGAGCUCAACAUGAACAACAACAACACCUUCCAUGGCAUCCCCGUUACCGUGUCCAAGAACGUCGUGGAGCAAGACUCGCCCUCAAAGAUCUUUGUUGGUGGCCUAUCAUUCAGUGAUCUUGAUAUAUAUACAGAGAAGGAGAGUCUGCAGAAGCAGAGAAUGUACCAUUUGAUAUCGUUGUUUAAGGAGUUUGGAAAGAUUGUAAAGAUACAAGAGUUUCUGGAGGAGCAGCAUAUAUUCAUUACAUUUGACAAGGAGACUGAGGCCAAGCUGGCACUGCAGACACUCAAGUCCAUGUCAACCAAGACAUACUUCACCGACAAGAUCAAGAAGAACCUGCAGACACUAGGUCUGCCCACCAUCAUUGCUCCAUCCAACGAGUUCUUUGUGCGCAAAUCAAAGCCAUCACAGCUUUCAAACUCUGCCAACAACAUUGCUGGCAACAACAACAACAACAACAGUACCAACAACAACAAUGGCACCACCAACAACACCGACUCCAAGGGUGAGUUGGUUGGCGACAAUGCCAAAGACAACAACAACAACAACAAUACACUGGCCACGUCAACGUCCAACAACAACUCCAAAUCAUUCAAGCAACCAAGCCAUAGUAGUAGCGGCAACACUGCCAAGCUGCGCACCAAAAGGAAACACCUGCCAGCGCGCGUAUACUAUGACGAUGAUGAGGAGGACGAGACGGCCCAGUACGACGAAGAAGACGGCGACGACGAAGACGACCAAGAUGACGAGUCCGAAUACAGCGUUUCCGAGAUUUCAGAGGUGGACGAUCUUCCUGUCAAGUAUCAAAAGACGGCGCGAUCACCAUCAUCAUCCAUGUCCUCGACCACUUUUUCGCAUCACAGCAGUGGCAGCAACAGCAACAGCAACAGCAGCGGCGCCAACCCCAAGAAGAAGAAGAAGCGCGACUUCCUCCCGCCUUUAUCUGUCGUCGUGCAGAUAAUUGUAACAUUCAUUAUCCUCAGCGCAUUCUUCAUGUCACUUCCACAGCAAUAA